GCGGCGAGGGACCGUUAAAUUUGAAACUUGGCGGUUUCGGCGCGAUGGGGCGUGAGGUGUCGCCUUUGGGACAGAGUUGCGUGCACGCUUUCGUCUAGGAGCACGGGAAGACAGUCUCCGCAACUCCAGGACCAGCUGAAGGUUGAGGAAGGAAGGCCAGAUAGUCGACACCCGGGGGAAAAAGGUCUGCGGACGGGCGAGAGCAAGAACCGGGAAUGCAGGAUGGCGGCGGCCAGGAAGGAAGGGCUUGCAGCUAGUGAAGCCAUGUCCCUGGAGGGAGAUGAGUGGGAGCUGAGUAAAGAAAAUGUACAACCCUUACGACAUGGUCGGAUCAUGUCUGCGCUUCAGGGAGCUUUGGCACAGCAGGAGUCAGCCUGUAACACUGCUCUUCAGCAGCAGAAAAGGUAUGUGGUAGAACUAUCAGGGUCCAACUUGUUGGUCCCAGCUGUGGUAGAGAGCAUGGGUAUGAAACUGUAGAAAGUCCUAAGGAAU